AUUUCUGUAAAAGUCAUCACCCUGGAAAGGUUGCUGCGUGGCCGCUUGUUGGCGAAAAAUCGGUUUUUUUUUUCGGUGUCGGCCAUAUCCGAAAACCCGAAUCUUACGAACGGGGAAAGUGAACAUUGAGGUGAGGCUCUGGUGGUGACAAACGUUCCGGAUAUAGGAAUUUUCCCUGCACCUCGGCAAACGAGGUUCGAAUUUUAGGAAUAAGAAGAAGAACUAACCCAGCAGCAAAAUGGGAAUUAAAUUCCUGGAAAUCAUCAAACCCUUCUGCAGUAUCCUGCCGGAGAUUGCCAAACCGGAGCGGAAGAUUCAGUUCCGGGAGAAGGUACUCUGGACGGCGAUUACGUUGUUCAUCUUCCUGGUGUGCUGUCAGAUUCCGCUGUUCGGUAUCAUGAGCUCGGAUUCGGCCGAUCCCUUCUACUGGAUCCGUGUCAUUUUGGCUUCGAACAGAGGAACGCUGAUGGAGUUGGGUAUUUCGCCGAUUGUCACGUCCGGAUUGAUCAUGCAGCUGCUGGCCGGGGCGAAGAUCAUCGAAGUUGGUGACACUCCGAAGGAUCGGGCCUUGUUCAACGGAGCGCAGAAACUGUUCGGAAUGGUCAUUACGAUCGGUCAGGCUAUCGUUUACGUCAUGACGGGAAUGUACGGAGAUCCAGCGGAAAUCGGAGCCGGUGUUUGCCUGCUGAUUAUCAUCCAGCUGUUUGUGGCCGGUUUGAUUGUCCUGCUGUUGGACGAGCUGCUGCAGAAGGGAUACGGACUGGGAUCGGGUAUUUCGCUCUUCAUCGCUACCAACAUUUGCGAAACGAUCGUGUGGAAGGCAUUCUCGCCGGCCACGGUCAACGCCGGAAGGGGUACGGAAUUCGAAGGAGCUGUGAUUGCUCUAUUCCAUCUGUUGGCCACCCGCCAGGAUAAGGUUCGCGGCCUGCGGGAAGCUUUCUAUCGCCAAAAUCUGCCCAAUCUGAUGAACCUGAUGGCAACGGUGCUGGUCUUUGCGGUGGUCAUAUACUUCCAGGGCUUCCGUGUCGAUCUACCGAUCAAGUCGACCCGCUAUCGCGGCCAAUACAGCAGCUAUCCGAUUAAAUUGUUCUACACUAGCAACAUCCCCAUCAUCCUGCAGUCCGCGCUGGUUUCGAAUCUUUACGUCAUUUCUCAGAUGUUGGCGGUGAAAUUCCAUGGUAACCUGUUGGUCAACUUGCUCGGAACGUGGGCUGACGUUAGCGGUGGAGGCCCUGCCCGUGCCUACCCGAUCGGCGGUCUUUGCUACUAUUUUUCGCCCCCGGAAAGCCUAGGUCACAUUCUGCAGGAUCCGAUCCACGCCAUGCUCUACAUCGUCUUCAUGCUCGGCAGCUGUGCCUUCUUCUCCAAGACGUGGAUUGACGUCUCCGGCAGUUCGGCCAAGGACGUCGCCAAGCAGCUCAAGGAGCAGCAGAUGAUCAUGCGCGGUCAUCGGGAGAGCUCGAUGAUCCACGAGCUGAACCGGUACAUCCCGACGGCAGCCGCCUUCGGAGGUCUCUGCAUCGGUGCCCUUUCGGUUACGGCCGACUUUAUGGGAGCCAUCGGUUCCGGAACCGGUAUCCUGCUGGCCGUCACCAUCAUCUAUCAGUACUUUGAGAUCUUCGUCAAGGAGCAAAGCGAGAUGGGAGGCAUGGGAACGCUGCUGUUCUAAGUUCGGGUAGCCCUACAUUCUAGUUCAUCCAUCACCACCACCACUACUAGUAGUUUGAUAGUGUAACAGUUAAACAGUGUGUUGAUUUGUUUUCUGUUUUUCCGAAGAUAAAACAGCUUCAUCCGUUGAAUCAUGAAAAAGAUUAUAACGAGUAAAUUAAAUCGAGUUAAUGACAUAGCAGUUACAACGGUUUUCAUUUGAAAGCAGUUUUUGGUAAGACGUAAUUUAUAAACGAAAAAUAAAAAUAAAAAUCGAGAACAUACAAAUUGAUGAAAUUUAGAGUUCGGAAAAAAAGCAAUAGACACGAAGAGAUAACAAAAAAAAAAUACAAA